CCCUCCCCCGGGGUCCUCCUGCGCGCCACCGCAUCCCCGCGUCUCCUUUUUCUGCCUUUUCCUUUGUACCCUCACUGCUACCAGCUCCUUCUGGCGACCCCCAGGUACCCGCUCCCACCUUUCACUUCUCUCUGGGUCAGCAGACCACGCAUGUAUCCACAGGCACUACCUGUGCGGAUCCUAAGCAACCCGGGCACUUUCAAACGCCGUAGCGGUUCCUAUAGCAACGACAAACCGGAAGUAUGGUUUGCCGCCGGAAGCGAGCCCAAUCAAAAGUUUAGCAGUAGCUGUGUGGGACGUGCGUGCGGCGAGAUGGACACUCCUCCGCUCUCGGAUUCGGAGUCGGAAUCCGAUGAAUCUCUUGUCACAGACAGAGAGUUGCAGGAUGCGUUUUCCCGAGGGCUUCUGAAGCCAGGCCUCAAUGUCGUGCUAGAGGGGCCGAAGAAGGCCGUGAACGACGCGAAUGGCCUGAAGCAAUGUUUGGCAGAAUUCAAGCGGGAUCUGGAAUGGGUUGAAAGACUCGAUGUGACACUGGGUCCGGUGCCGGAAAUCGGUGGAUCUGAGGCGCCAACACCUCAGAACAAGGACCAGAAAGCUGUUGAUCCAGAAGACGACUUCCAGCGAGAGAUGAGUUUCUACCGCCAAGCCCAGGCCGCAGUGCUUGCAGUCUUACCCCGCCUCCAUCAGCUCAAAGUCCCUACCAAGCGACCCGCUGAUUAUUUUGCAGAAAUGGCCAAGUCUGAUCUGCAGAUGCAGAAGAUUCGACAGAAGCUGCAGACUAAACAGGCUGCCAUGGAGAGGUCUGAAAAGGCUAAACAACUGCGAGCACUUAGGAAAUACGGCAAGAAGGUGCAAACGGAGGUUCUUCAGAAGAGGCAGCAGGAGAAGGCACAUAUGAUGAAUGCUAUUAAGAAGUAUCAGAAAGGCUUCUCCGAUAAACUGGAUUUCCUUGAGGGAGAUCAGAAGCCUCUGGCACAGCGCACGAAGGCAGGAGCCAAAGGCCAGCAGAUGAAGAAGGGGCCCAGUGCUAAACGACGGUAUAAAAACCAGAAGUUUGGUUUUGGUGGAAAGAAGAAAGGCUCAAAGUGGAACACUCGGGAGAGCUAUGAUGAUGUAUCUAGCUUCCGAGCCAAGACAGCUCAUGGCAGAGGCCUCAAGAGGCCUGGCAAGAAAGGAUCAAAUAAGAGACCUGGAAAACGAACGAGAGAGAAGAUGAAGAACAGAACGCACUAAACAGCAUCUUUGAAUACAAAGAACCAAGAAAAAGGAAUGAAGACUCACAAUUUCACAACACACUUUGAUCCCUUCUGUUGGUGUCAUGUUGUAAACAUUUCUUUUAAUAAACUAAAUAAAAAUUAUUAAAGAACACA